CAUAAGAAGAGGUCUCGUCAGAAUUUGUAUUCUCCAUCAGUUGUACACUUCUACUCUUUCUCAUUAACCCUAAAAAUCUACUUUCUACAUUAGUUUUUCAUGCCUUCAUCUCAUUAAUCUUUCAUCAAUCCACUUUUUCGUCCGUAUUAAUCAAAACACUCGUUUGUCUUUAUCAAGGUCUUCGAUUAGCGGGAAAAUUUUUGAUAUUUUGUUUGUUAAAUUAGCAAUUUGUUCACAGUUUCUCGUUGAAUUUCUCAAAGUAGUAUCUUUUAUUUGUGUCAAACACAAUUCGGUUUGUUCGGAAAUUCAGUGUAGCCUGUUUGAUUUUGGUUCAAUUAGGUUUGAUUUUGGCAAAAAUUGGUUUGGAUUGGACUUAGAGAUUUGAAAAUCGAAUUUAUUUUGGUUUGAUUUAGUUUUGUGUUGACACAGAACCGAAAAUCAAACUUACACCUUAGCAAUGAGUGUCUGUGGUGAGAAAUCGGACGAUGAGUAUUCCGUCAUUGGUGACAAAGGGGAGGUUGGUUUUAUUGACUUUGACGAUGACAGCUCCGUUUGUAGCUAUGAUCCUAAUGAAGAGGGUUCUAUUUUUGUUUCUGUGCCUUUCCCGUUUGUUGGACAAAAACCUCGUUCAGUUCUUGUUGAUGCGAUUGCGUCUGAUGCCAUUACCAUUAAAAACAGAACGAGAGAUUCUAUUGAGAUUUGGGGGAUCCAGAUAUAUGCUUCAAACCCUGAAGAUACAUUUGAGCUGUCGUUAAUGGAACCUUCGAAAUCAGGGUUUGUAGGGUCCUAUAGUUUGGAAGAUCGAGUUCUGCCGCCACAUAAAACAAUGACUGUUUGGCUAUCUUGCAAGCCAAAAACCAUUGGGAUGCAAACUUGUAUUGUCCAUUUGGAUAUUGAAGGGGAUAAGAUUGAACGUGUGGUGUUUCUCCUGGCAGAAGAUAGUGUCUCCAAAGCUUUAGCUUCAAAUAAACCUUAUUUUGCAAGGGGCAGAAAAAAGACACAGUUUGUUGUAGAUUCAUAUGUUCAAGGUGUACGUCCUGCUGCUCCUGCGAAUAGAUUUCGCCCAUUCCACUGUAAGCUUCUUGAUUAUUUGAUACCAAAAGAUAUAAGAGAAGUUAUCGAGUCGAAGCAGAUUCCAGAUGCUAUCAUUGAAGGCCUAUCUAGGAGGAACUAUGUACCUUAUUUCAAAACACUUGUGAUUAUGGAAGAACUGCGUUUGGAGGAAGAUAUGAAGGCAUUUGACAUGGAGAAUGCUACUAUGAGGAGCAAGGGUCGUCUGUUUUUAGUACUGGAGGUCGUAGGCUUGGCUGAAAGAAGACCUUCACUUGUUCAUGGAGAUGCUGUAUUUGCGAAAUUUGCUUCCGAAGAUACUGAUAACAUCCCGGCUUAUGAGGGUUUUAUACACCGUGUAGAGGCUGAUCAAGUAUAUUUGAAAUUUGCUGAUAAAUUCCACCAGCAACACAAAGAUCAUUAUUCUUAUAAUAUCCGAUUCAUGUACAACCGUGUGAACAUGAGAAGAUUGUAUCAAGCGAUUGAAGCUGCCGACAAAAUUCAUAAAGCCUUCCUCUUUCCUUCCGAGUCUUUGAUGAAGAGGCAGAUUAAACCAAACUUUACGGUGCCGAUAUCUCUUAAACUCAACGAGGAGCAGAUGAAUGCUGUUGAAAUGAUUCUGGGAUGUAAAGGUGGAGUACCAUAUAUGAUUAAUGGCCCCCCAGGUACUGGUAAAACAAUGACACUAGUAGAAGCAAUCCUCCAAAUUUAUAGAGCCCGUAAAGGUUCUCGGAUCCUAAUCUGUGCAGCUUCAAAUUGCGCGGCUGACCAUAUACUGGAGAAAAUCCUAAAAGAGGACGUCAAAAUUCAGGAAAAUGAAAUUUUAAGGCUUAAUGCAAGUAGUCGUCCGAUUGAAGAUAUGAAACCUGAGUAUAUGCAAUAUUGUUUUUUUGAGAAUUCUGUUUUUCGAUGUCUUCCUCGAGAAGCACUGCGGUAUUAUAGAAUCAUUAUAACUACAUACAUGAGUUCUGCCCUUCUUCAUACGGAAGGUAUUCAGCAGGGACAUUUCUCUCACAUAAUUCUGGAUGAGGCAGGGCAAGCCUCAGAACCAGAAACCAUGGUUCCUAUAGCUAACUUCUGUCGAAAGGAUACUGUGGUUGUUCUCGCUGGAGAUCCGAUGCAACUAGGCCCUGUUGUUUUCUCGCACGAUGCAAAGAAACAUGGAUUAGGAAAAUCAUAUUUGGAAAGGCUUUUUGAAUGCGAGCUUUAUAGUGAAGGGGAUGAAGGUUACGUGACAACACUUCGGCGGAACUACCGUUCCCACCCUGAAAUCCUGAAGCUUCCAUCAGAAUUAUUUUACCGUGGCGAAUUAAUUUCAUGUCAGGAACCCAUGGAAUCCCCUCUUUGGCAGGAUCUCCUUCCUAACAAGGAGUUCCCCAUGUUUUUUACUGGCAUCCAAGCAUAUGAUGAGAGGGAAGGAGAUAAUCCAUCAUGGUUUAAUCGUACUGAGGCUAGCAUGGUUGUUAAGCUCAUCAAGAAGCUCAUAUUGAAUAAUGUCACUGAAGAGAGCAUCGGAGUGAUCACACCUUACCGGCAGCAAGUUGCCAAAAUAAAAAUGGCUCUUGAGAAUGAUGACAUUCAGGAGGUCAAAAUCGGCAGUGUUGAGCAGUUUCAAGGACAAGAGAGGGACGUCAUUAUUAUAUCUACUGUUCGAUCAACUGUUAAGCAUGAUGAAUUCGACAGAGUCCAUUAUUUGGGAUUUUUGAGCAAUCCGAAAAGGUUUAAUGUUGCCAUCACUAGGGCCAGAUCUCUGCUUGUUAUUAUCGGGAACCCACAUAUUAUCUCUAAGGAUCGUUUCUGGGCGAAACUUCUUUGGCGCUGUGUCGACAACAAUUCCUAUGAGGGCUGCUCUCUUCCAGAAAGAGAGGAGUGGGACGACGAUGACAAUCCCAUGCUCGAGUAUGGAUGCUCCAAUACUGCCGAGACAGAUCAAUUCAAAAACGGCUCUUAUAACUAUUGUCAAGGACAGGACGACAACGACAGCUUUCCAGAAGAGAAUGGAUGGUCAGUUAAUGCUCCUCCCGAACAGAAUUUCGAGGAUGGAUGGUCGCUUGAUGCUCCUGUGGCGCAACAGAGUGUUGAUGAUGGGUGGUCUCUUGAUGCUCCCGUGAUGCAACAGAAUUUCGAGAAUGGAUGUUCUCUUGAUGCUCCUGUGCUGGACGAGAAUUCCAGCGUUACUGAUCCUGUUGCGGAGGACGGUCAAGAGCCACCCUGGGAAGAUGAUUUUCCCAAACCCCUCAAGGAUGAAGAUGAGUGGUCUGAUGGCUGGAAGUAAAUUUCUUGUAUUCACUAAUGUUAUUAAACAUUGAUGAAAUUAUUUGGUUAAAUAUUAUAAAAGAAUAAUUAGGGUAGAUAACUAAAUUGCUUGUGGUAUUACUUUAAACUGUAAAGCAAACACUGCUUUACUAAAAUUAGUUUUACGGAUAUUUCAUGAUAUACCACUGAGUUUCUUCAAAAUUCACCAUAUACCACACGAAAUUUUCUAAUUCACCAUAUACCAUUGAGUUUACGUCCGUUAGCACAGGAUACCAUUAAUGACAACUGCCGUCAGUGUGCCGUUUGUGGUAAAUUACCAGUAUGCCCUUACGCAUUCACCUGGUGCCAUUGUUAGGCUUGACUUCCCCAAACACAGCGUAUUUGUUCAAAAAACUGAUCCUCCAUCUUUCUUCUUCUCCAUUCAAGAAACUUUGUAUUCGUCUACAUUGAUCUAAAACCCUUAAAGUCCAUCAAAAAUCCUUAAAUUCCUUAAAAUCGAUUUGUGUAAAGUGAAUUGCAAGUUUGUGAAGUGAUUUAGAACCCAAACACAGGUGGUCGUGACUGAAUUUCGCACAAAGUUCGCUAAUUCGGUGGAUUAAGCAUACGCAAGGAUGAGUUCAUUGUGGUUGUUAGUUCGUGCUCCAGGGGGUACUUUUGAUGUGAGGGUGGAUGACACUGAUAAGACCAAUUUGAUGGAGUUAAUUGAGUAUAUGUUUGAGGAUUCAGUGAAACAGAAUGUAUAUCUC